AUCAAUUACUUGUUUCAUUUCAUUUUUAGUUUUGUUGCCAUUUCAAAUCCUUUUUUCAUUUUUUUAAGGUUUGGAAUGAUAGUUAGAUGCGAUUUCAAUUCUUUUUUCGUUUUUUUAGGGUUUAGAAUGAUAUUUUGGAUGAUUUUUUUAGGGUUUAGAAUUAGAAACUAGAUGUUAUCAUAUCAAAGUACAAUAUUAAUAAAUGAAAAUUUUCUUACCCGGGGCAUUGCCCGGGCCUAAUAACUAGUUAGUUCAUAAAAUCAGUGCUACAAAAGGUACUAUUUCACAAUUUUACCUAACUUAUAAGUGCUACCUGGGUUCUGAGCUUGUUCUAGUGUAAUUUCUUUAACACGAUUACGCGACGUUUCUACUCUCACGUAGUCUCACUAAGACGUAAGACUACGAGAGUGAAAUACAUUCCAUUUCCUCUGUUUACUGAGUGACAGAGACAUGAAAGUUUGAUUUAAAUGCUCCCAACUCAAAGCUCUCAUGCUUUCUCCCAGAUUCAGAUUCAAUGGAGUAUUCAGCAAAAAUUGUGCAUCAUUUCUCUCUCCUCUCUCCACUUUGCCAGUGUCUCUCCAAACCCACCCCAUUUCUCCACCAUCAUUCUCAACAUCACCCCAAUCUCUUGUCAAAAAAGUAUGUUUACAAGUGCUCCAAUUAUACCAUCAACACACCCACCUCAGAUUUUCACCUCCAAAGCUAAAACUUGACAUUGAAGAAGAAUCUCUCUCCAAUGAUCAAGUUAUUACCAUCGUUGCUUCGCUCGCCGAGGAGGCGGGUUCAAUGGUGGCCUUAAGUUUCUUUGAUUGGGCAAUUGGGUUCUCUAAAUUUCGCUAUUUUAUGCGUUUUUACAUUGUUGCUGCAUCUUGUUUGAUUAGCAAUGGGAAUUUGGAGAGAGCCCAUGAAUUGAUGGUCCAAAUGGUGACGAAUUUUGCUGAGAUUGGAAGGUUUAAGGAGGCUGUUAGUAUGGUUAUUGAGAUGCAUAAUCAGGGUUUGAGUCCAAGUACUCGUACUAUGAAUUGCAUUAUCAAGAUUGCGUGUGAAUUGGGUUCGGUUGAGUAUGCAGAGUAUGUGUUCGAUGAAAUGUCUAAGAGAGGUGUAUGUCCAGAUUCUUGUAGCUUUGUGAACCUGGUUGUGGGUUAUUGUAGACUGAGGAAGAUUUCCGAGGUGGAUAAGUGGUUGGGUAGAAUGAUUGAACGAAAUUUCGUUGUUGAUAAUGCGACGUGUACUUUGGUGAUGAGUGCAUUUUGCAAUGUAGGAAAUGUGAACAGGGCAUUAUGGUUCUUUCAUAAGAUGAUGGAGAUGGGAUUUACUCCGAAUCUUAUUAAUUUCACGUGUUUGGUUGAUGGGUUAUCAAAGAGGGGUAACAUUAAGCAAGCAUUUGAAAUGUUGGAGGAAAUGGUUAGGAGAGGUUGGAAGCCGAAUGUGUAUACACAUACAACCUUGAUAGAUGGGCUCUGCAAGAAGGGAUGGACAGAAAAGGCAUUUAGGCUAUUCCUUAAGCUUGUUCGGAGUGAUAGUUAUAAGCCGAAUGUGUGCACUUACACUGCUAUGAUCAAUGGGUACUGCAAGGAGGGUAAGUUGAAUCGGGCAGAAAUGUUACUUGGCCGAAUGAAAGAACAAGAAUUGGUACCGAAUGUUGACACCUAUACUACCCUCAUUGAUGGGUACUGUAAAGCAGGAAAUUUUGAAAGAGCAUAUAGUUUGACGGAUAUAAUGAUGAAAGAAGGGCUUACUCCUAAUAUUUAUACCUACAAUGCCAUUAUCAAUGGUCUAUGUAAGAAGGGAAGGUCAGAGGAGGCUUAUGAACUGCUUGACGAGGGUUUUGAACUAGGACUACAGGCGGAUAGAGUCACUUACACUAUUCUAAUGUCUGCUUCAUCAAAGAGCAAUGAUAGUAAUGAAGUCUUGGCAUGGCUUUGUAAGAUGAGUAAAGCCGGCUUUGCACCUGAUAUAUACAUAUGUAACAUCUUAAUUGCCUUUUUUUCUAGGCAGAAAAGGAUAGCUGAUAGUGAGUGGUGGUUCAAAGAAGCUAUCAAGCUUGGCCUUGUUCCAACCAAGGAAACCUACACUUCUAUGAUAUGUGGAUAUUGCAGUGUGGGUAAUGUCAACUCAGCCAUCAAGUAUUUUCAUCAAAUGAAUGACCAUCAUUGUCUACCAGACAGUUUUACUUAUGGCGCGUUAAUAAGUGGACUAUGCAAGGAAAGCAAACUUGAAGAGGCUAGCAAACUGUAUGAUGCAAUGAUUGAAAAAGGGUUCUCACCUUGUGAGGUGACUCGACUAACUCUAUGCUACGAGUAUUGCCAGAAUAAUGACAUUAGCCACGCUAAUAACAUCUUGGAACGGCUGGAGAAGAAGCUGUGGAUCAGGACAGUAAAAACGUUGAUCAGAAAACUUUGUAGUGAAGGGAAAGUAGAUAUGGCAGCAAUGUUUUUCAGGAAGCUGUUGGAUAAGCAGCAAAAUAUUGAUCGUGUCACAGUAGCAGCUUUCAUGACUGCAUGUUAUGCCACCAACAACUAUGAACUUGUUUCCGCUUUCUCUGAGAGGCUUUUAUUGAAAGAAACUACAAAGGAUCAAAAUGCAACUUAAAUUGGAUCAAUUUAGGAUAUUACGACUUUGACGGCUGUCGAGUUAGCUGCAUCAGAUUUAUUUCUGAGAAGCUUUUAUUGAAAGAAACUCUUAAUGAUCUUCAAGCAACUAGAAUUGCACAAUUUUUGGAGUUCCGUUGUCGGAUUCAGAUGCUUUCAACACAUCAGUGUUUAUGCAAAAGACUGAGGUCAUAUGUUUUGCUUGUAACUGCUGACAUUUGAUUCAAGGGCCAAAACAAUCUGAUGGUUUGAGAAUUGACAGAGAUUAGAAGUCAUUGAGGAGAAGUUUCCCGAUAGAGUGCAACCAUGGAAGGGAAUGAUCCACUCCAUAUUUUUGGCCUAAUGAUCAUAAAUGGAAAAUUAUAGAAAUUUGUUUCCAGAUUCUUUGGGGUGGCAAAACCCUUCAUAACUAAGAACAUGAAAGAAGUUCAAGAUUGGCUGCUUAAUAUGUUUGUGCUUUGGUACUCAUGAUAUGUAGCCAUUACUCCAAUAGAUAAACUUCUUGUAACACCAUGUACUACUUCCUAAGGACUGUGAUACAUAUAUGUUCGUAUACUGCUGAGAAUGUCAAUGGAUUCAUAAAUCUCAAAUUCAGAUUGAAUUAUUUUUUCUUCGAA